CAUAUUAGUUACAUCUAACUUAGUAGACAAUGCGGAUCAGAUCAUAUAGAUUUGUUGGUCAUGUUGGUUGUAUAGUUCCUCCUCAGUCUGGAGCUGUGAAAUAUUUCUGAUAAACUUUCUUAAUUCACUCAACAUUUUCAAACCCUAACCCUGCAAAACCCAUAGUGUUUAUAUUAAGCCUGCUUUUGGCCAUUUUUUAAAAAAUAUACAACAGCAAGCCAAGCUCUACCUUUUAAUUUAUAUUCAUGUAAUGUCCAACAGACAGCACUGGAUGUCAGUAUUUAAUAAAUAAUACAGUGGAUCUGAAAUCCACUGAGCCAUCUAGGAUGAAAACAGGCUUCGUUGCUAUCAAAUCAGUAAAAAAAAAAAUAAUUUUUUGUCAACAUAAAGACUAACACACAUGCUGCUGAACAUUUUCACUCCUUUAUAACCUGACUGAAUCAUUAAACUUGCUUGUUGUUACUUGUUGUUAAAUGUCCUAUGAUUCUUUUGCAUACUGAUUUGGAAACACUCCUUCAACCAUGUACCGGCCUGUGUUAGUCAGAUGUCAAGUAUUUUCUCAUGCGUGGAGAGGAAUGACAGAGGCUUGACCCACACCAGUUUAUCACAACAAACUAUAAACAGAGCUAAUCCUCACUGUAGCGCACAGCAGACGAGGAGGGCUGCCAAAAUGAAACACCGUCUUCUUGCUGCCGUGUUUUUGUUUGAAACUUUUUUGCAUGCUUCAACUCGAUGCACCGCUCCAUCCUCAGAGUUUCGUCUGGAUGGGAAUUUUUUGAUAGGUGGACUCUUUGAUGUUCAUUACACUUGGGGCCCUGGUCGCCAUCUCCGACCAGAAGCUCUGGACUGCUCGACCCAGUGUUUCAGUAUCUCAAGUUAUCGGAGGUUUCAGUUGAUGAGAUUCACGGUAGACGAAAUUAACAACUCCACCAGCCUGCUUCCAAAUGUGACUCUGGGCUACGAGAUGUUUGAUCACUGCUCAGACACGCUUAGCUUCCCAGGAAUUUUAAAACUCGUCUCAGUGAAUGGUCAGAUCCAACCUUGGGCUGAACCAAACACAAAACUGUCCAAGGUAAUAGCAGUGGUUGGUCCUUUCACAAGCACUCAAUCCCUCACUGCAGCCCCGUUUUUCAUGGCAGAUCUCAUUCCUAUGGUUAAUUAUGGAUCCUCAACUUCUAUCUUUUCAAAGAAAGAAAAAUUCCCGUCAUUCCUACGAACAGUGCAUACCAACAGAGAUGUGAUAGAGGUGAUUGUUACCAUUCUGAAGCACUUUCAGUGGCGCUGGGUCGCUUUCCUUUACACUGCCGAUGAUUACGGCAGCGACGGCCUUGACUUAUUCGUGAAGCGGAUCAGGGACACUGACAUCUGCAUUGGGUACACCAAAGACCUCAACGCCGACAUGAAUUUUUCUAGGGUGUUCAAACACAUUGAGCUGCUGAGGAUACGUGUAAUCAUUGUCUUCACAGCUGAAAUGGCUGCCAAAGUUCUCAUCAAGUCAGCUAUCCACUUUAACGUCACCGACAAAGUUUGGAUAGCAACUGAUGCAUGGUCUCUGAAUAAACAGCUGCCUAAGAUGGAAGAAAUACGAAACAUUGGAACUGUACUCGGUGUGGCCCAGCCAAUAAUCACAGUUCCUGGUUUUGGUGAUUUCAUCCAUUCUGCUAAGGGCCACACCGAGUGUGGCUACACUGGGCAGCAGAUGUGUGGCAAUCAGGUUUUCAACUGCAGUGACUGGAGUGCAGAGAGUAUCCUAGAGGCAGACCCAUCCUUCUCUUUUCCUGUUUAUUCUGCUGUUUAUGCGAUCGCUCAUGCACUGCACAAGACCUUACAGUGCGAAGAAGAGGGAUGUAGUAAUGUCACAGUGUAUCCAAACAUGGUUCUAGCAGCGCUUCAGAAGUCCAACUUCACUCUGUUAAACCACACCAUUCAGUUUGAUAAAAAUGGAGACAUCAAGUUUGGACUCUAUUUCCUCGUUUUCUGGAACCAAACUGGUGAUGCACAGAAGUUUGGAUUUUAUCAAUUUUAUCCAACAGUUAAUUUCUACAUCAACAGCACCGAAAUCAUCUGGCACACAAAUAAAGAAGUUCCCACUUCUGUUUGCAACCCAGAGUGUCCUGACGGAUAUGCAAGAAAGCAAAAUUACAUCCACAGAUGCUGCUUUACCUGUGAAAUCUGUCCAAAUGAAACAUACAUCAAUGUUACAGAGGAUCCCUACAAUUGCAUCAGCUGUAUACUCAGAGUUGUUUGA